CUCUGCCCCGUUGAAAAGACUACACUUCAUGCUCGCCGCCACCAUCAUCAUCAUCAGCAAGGGACGACGCACCAAGAGGGAUCAGCUGGUGUUGACGUAGCGCCUCCGCCACCCCGAUGGGAAGGCCGCCUUGUUCCACCCACCACAGACCCUCCACAGGCCUACAGCAUUGAGACAAAAUGGGGAACCAUCUAGCUGGUAUUCCUCCAUCACAGAUAUUUCCUGUGGAAACCUAUUUGUCUGAUCUUCCUGAUGUCCGAUAUGAAGCAAGCUUGGGGAGCACCCGGUUCCUCAAGGUUGCCAAAUGUAGAACAUGGGAAGGGCUUGUUGUAGUGAAGGUGUUUGUUAUCCAUGACCCAGUCUUGCAGCACCUGCUGUCAGCUUAUAAAAAGAAAAUUGAAGAUAUUUCAACGAAAUUGAUAACAGCACCUAACUGUCUUCAAUUUCAGUAUUUAAAGGCAACAGAGAAGGCUGGGUUGAUGAUAAGACAGUAUGUGAAGAGCAAUUUGUAUGACAGAAUAUCAACAAGACCUUUUCUUACUUCAAUAGAAAAGAAAUGGAUUGCCUUCCAGCUUUUGUAUGCCCUGAAGCAGGCCCACCAGCAAGGGGUUUGCCAUGGUGAUGUAAAACUUGAGAAUGUCAUGGUUUCAUCAUGGAACUGGCUGCUUCUGGCAGACUUUGCAACCAUCAAACCAACAACAUUGCCAGAAAAUGACCCGGCAGACUUCACCUACUUCUUUGACACGUCUCGGAGACGGACGUGUUACCUUGCCCCAGAAAGGUUCUCAGGAACACUCCAGACAGAGUCCCAACAUGCCCUGUUAGAUGUGAAGGAUAAGGACGUCCUCACACCAGCCAUGGAUGUGUUCUCUGCAGGGUGCUGUCUAGCUGAGUUGUUCACUGAGGGUCAUGCCUUGUUUGACCUGACCCAGCUGUUAGCCUACCGUGUGGGGGACUACCAUCCGAACAAGGUGCUGGACAAGAUAGAUGACCCACGGGUGAAGGCUCUGAUUGAACACAUGAUAGAGAGGGACCCAGGCAGCAGGCACAGCAUAGAUCAAUACCUUGAGCAGGAGCGAGGACUUGCAUUUCCCGAAAACUUCUACUCUUUCUUGUGGCCUUUCCUGAAGCAGUUUGCAGUGACGCCCAUCAUGCCACACGAUGACAAGAUAAAACAAAUUAAGAAUAGCCUAAGUGAUAUACUGGUGGCUCUGGGAGCAGAAGACAAAAGCCUCACCAAUCAGAAAGAUGCAGAGGAUGAGGAGAAAAAAGACAAAGAAAAACCAGAAAGAAACUGUGAAACACUCAUCAUUAUAUCUUCUCUGAUAACUUCAUCUCUGAGGGCCUUGCACUUUACGUCUUCAAAGCUGGAUGCGCUGGAGCUGCUUGGGAAGGUGGCAGAGUAUGUUCCAGAUGAAAUAAUAUUGGAUCGAAUCCUGCCAUAUAUAUUUCACCUCCUGCAUGAUGAAGAGCCUCGAGUGCGGGUGUGUUCCAUCAACACACUCACUCAUUGUCUUACUCUUGUGUCAAGCGUGCCAAGGUCUGAUGCCAAUAUUUUCCCAGAGUACAUUCUUCCAAACCUUGCCGAUAUCAUUCAAGAUGAGACCACCAUUGUCCGACAGGCUUAUGCAGAGAAUAUUGCUACAAUAGCUGAAACAGCCUUAAGAUUUUUAGAGUACAGUCAACUGCAAGGCAUUAUGACAUCUUACAGCUAUGAAACAGAACUGGCAACAUUACAAGAAGUUAUUCAGCAAAAGGUUGCCACAAUGUUCUCUGACCCAUCAAACACUGUGAAACGGACCCUCAUGGAAAAGACAGUGACAAAACUCUGUGUAUUUUUUGGUAAACAGAAAGCAAAUGACGUCCUGCUGUCCCACAUGAUAACCUUCUUGAACGACAAGUAUGACCGUCAUCUGCGGCUGUCAUUCUUCACAAGCAUAGUUGGGGUGGCAGCCUACAUAGGUUGUCACUGUGCCGAUAUUCUCAAACCUUUAUUACUACAGGGGUUGAGUGAUGCUGAAGAGUCUGUGGUUGUGGCAGCUGUUGAGGCCAUGAUAUCACUGACUGAGCUGGGUCUCUUCCCCACCCACCUCCAGUGUGACCUCCUGUCCCACACCGCUCCCCUUCUAAUACACCCCAACCUCUGGAUACGACAGUCUGUGGUUGGGUUGGUGAGUGUGAUCGCUGGUAUGCUGCCCUUGGUCAACGUUCAGACAGCCAUUGUGGCCAGAGUGCAGCCAUUCCUGAUGAAGCCCCUCCUGCAGCUGAACAGAGAGGUGUGCAUUCUAUCAAGCUUGCGCCCUCCUGUCUCUCGGGAAGUCUUUGAUGCUUUGGUGAAGAGCGCUGACGUCGGACAAGUUCUCUCAAUUCUUCAAGAGGCUCAGCAGGAGAAGAUUCCCCUGUCUACAUUGCCCUCAAGCCUCUCACACAUUGACCACCCCACCAGGAAUCUGUUGCGGCGCCUUGCAGGAGGUGGACUAACUGAGGAAAAUGUUGAACAGCUGAUCAAACUGCAAGAUCACCUCACACGACUGCAGCGUCAGAAAAAAGCCACAGAAGCCAUUCGAAGCAGCUCACAGCAGCAACAGCAGCAGCUUGGCCUGAUCAACAUUGAGGAUUUGAAAAGGCCGGUGCCCACCCACAACUGCCGCCUUCUUCCUGAAGAUGGAAGAAUAGACAGCUCAACUCUCCACUUGUCACACAAAGGGCUCGUCCAUUCCCCUAGUCUGGCCAUGAAUGAGGAGUGGCAGGCUAUGUUUGGCACCACCGAGGACUGUGGCUCCCCAGGCAGGACAGCAGAGAACAGAUCCGUUUCUCCCAUAGAGUCAGAGUCCGGCCACCACACAACUUCCUCCAUUCCAAGCUCAAAACCUAUUUCUGAAGGGGAUAAAAAGGGGAACAUUAAAUGCAUAUCCAGUUGCAAAAAGGAAUUAGAAAACCUUCUGGCAAUCAAGUGUGAGGAGCAUCUUGAGUGUGUCCGGAAACGCAGGGCGCUGGACACUCUGGCCUGGGACACUCGCCUGCCUCCUCCUGGCUGGCGGCCACGGGGACACCUCAUGGCCCACCUCCACGAACACCAUGGAGCUGUCAACCGGCUUGUGCCCAUAGGUGACACCUCAAUCUAUGCCAGCUGCUCCAACGAUGGAACUGUGAAAGUGUGGGACUGUUACCGCAUUGAGAGGAAGUUUUCAAUCAACAGAUCAAAGUUCACAUACAGUCGUCAGGGAGGAUCCAUACUGGCCAUCACGCCCUGCAUCACCACCCAGAGUCUUGCUUCUGCGUCAACUAACGGGUCAAUACAUGUAAUCCGACUAGACAAGACCACCUUAGCAAAUAGCCGCCAGCUCAACACAGAAGAAGACGGUUAUGUUGUGGAUAUGCACUUCUUUGACACAGGAUCACAGUCAUUAUUAACAUAUGCAACUGUGUAUGGAGCAAUUGUCGGCUGGGACCUGCGAGCUCCAGAAAUCGCUUGGAAACUGGAGAAUGGGCCCAGGAAUGGAGUGAUCACAUCCUAUGCCCUGGAGGGAACGCAGAGUUGGUUGGUGGCUGGAACAAGCAGUGGCCAGCAUGUGUGUUGGGACCUCAGAUUCAUGUUGCCAAUCUCCACAAUUGCCCAUCCAAGAAUUUAUUCAAAAUUUCCAGAUGCAGCGGUGCGACGUGUCAGCAUGCACCCGAAAGAAGGCUCCUGGGUAGUGUCUGCUAUCAAUGGCAACAAUGAAAUCUCCAUGUGGGAUAUGGAGACCCAGUCCAGGCACAUGACUCUUUGGGCCAGCCCGAAGCCUCCCCUCUCCAUGAAUCAGCCUUUCAACAACAGUGUGGUAGGGAUGCACGUUGGCCAAGGAGACAGAGGCCCCUAUGUCCUGGCUGGCGGCACUGAUGCUAUUUUGCGCUACUGGGACCUUAGUGAGCCAGAGUCAUCCUACAUGGUGUGCCACGCAGCCCAUGACCAGCUUGGCUCUGCUUCAUACAGUUCUCGAGUGGUAGAUGGAACAGAAGUUGUUGUGGAAACAAACAACAAACCCCGGACAGCCCCCAACGCCAGCGAUGAUAUGCCACGGAGGGGACCAGACCAGCCGCCUCCAGGCCACAAGGACAUAAUAUCAGACGUAAUCGUGAUGAAUGAGCCGCAGCGUUUGGUGAUCACGUCAGCGCGGGAUGGAACCAUCAAGAUGUGGAAAUGAGGUUAGCACUUCAAACACUGGUAUUGAAUAUGAAAGUAGGCGUUCCCUACCAUGGGCUAAUGAGCAGCACUUCUCCGUGAUUGACUCCAUGAGUAUCUUUUUGCUCUGCAGAAAGUCAUACACACAAGUAUUAAAUUAAGUUUCAUCAUACUAUGUGGGCAUUACACAUACAGAAUACCAUUCACACUUCAGUCACUCAAAUACACGCUUCACCCCAUAUAUCACAUGGCACUAAUUGACACGAGGCCUGGCACAACUUUCGCUUUUCUUGACACCUAGGCCUCUUCAGGACAGACUCUUCCUUUCCCUCCACCUCCUGUUUCCUCCAUUCAGAUCCAGGCACCCUUUUUUUCAUUCUCCUCUCAUCCAUCUUAACCGUGUCCAAGCCAUCUUAGCAGCCUCUCACAUGCUCAUCCUAGUAUACUACUCUUUCAACUGCCACAUUUUUCUUGCACCUCCAUCUGAUCCACUCCUGUAGCAAUGGGUCACCACAUCCCUACACACUGUUGGAGGAGCAAGAUUUUCAACCCAUACUCUUCCCUUGGACUACAGAAGGCAAGGGUAUCUGUCGUAGUCCAGUAUUAUUAAUAUCUUUUUUAUAUGUAAUUUACUUAUGUAUUUAUUUAGUACUGUUUUUUAAAAUACAUGUUAGGGACUGGCCUGGCAUACUCUGAACUUUUGCUAGAUGAAUGAAGUUGGUGAUUACACUUGAAACUUUAGAAAAUUCAGUCUGUAUUAUACAUCAUAUUUUACAGAGCACUAAUAAGCAGCUGUUGCUCAUAGGUGUCUAAGAGUGCUUCAUUGAUCAAUAUUUACUUAAGUCAUUUAUCUGUUAAGACAAUGCAGUAUUUAUCAUUGUGUUUUAUUGUGGAAAUCAUUGUGUUAUCAUUCAUCAUUGCGUGUGUGUUAAUGAUAUACUUAACUGCGUGUAUAUAUCGUGUUUUCAUUCAUCAUCGUGUGUAUGUUAAUGAUAUAUGAAAUGCAGCUUUGUGCACACCUACAAAGAGGAAGCUGAGAGUGAGAGGCACUUGUGGCUAUGUAGAGUGAGAGAAGUCUUUCCUCCUCUUGAGUGUGAUCGUUCUCUUCCUUAACUGUGGACCUUCCCUUCACCGUACUUGACGUGGGGUAUAGUAGGGAGAUUAUGUAAAUAGACAGAUAGAUAUUUGUGGGACUAUAUUGAUUGAGUCAUAAUAUCUCAGGGUCAAGGGAUGAGCUCCUGUAUGAGCUCAUCCAUGGUUGAUAAUAUAGAGUUUAAUGAGUGGAGAAAAUUAUGCACACACACAUACUAUAGAAUUCAUCAAGAGCAAUCUGUUCGUAUUAAUGUGGUUGGUUGUUACCUACAGUAAGACUUACCACUAGUAUAAUAUGUACUCAGCAAAUGCAGUGAUUCAUCGUGUAAUUUGCACAUGAAUGACACUGAGAAUGAUUUUUCUUUAAUGUUACCCCAUAAUUCUGUUCUUAGAUGAUUUGCGAGAGCAUUAUGAGAUAUAACCUAUGGCUAGGAAGACAGGUAUAAUUACUGUACAGAGUGUGUGUAUGUGUGCAUGUUUGUAUGUUUGUAUGUAUGUAUAUAUAUAUACUCUAGUAUUCAGCAAAGUCUUCAAUAUUUUGCCUUUGUAAAUAGAAGAAUAUAAGAAUAUUUAAUUGAUUUUGUAUUCAGAAAAAUAUAUACAAACUUUUUCUAUUAAAAAUGACUGGAAAAAAUGCAUUGAUGUGCAUUGUGGUCAUGUGUCAUCUGAGGCUGAAAUAUAUGUGAUAUUUAAUCACAUGUUGAAGAAAUGUGCAUUUAAUAUCCUAUUUUACUUGAAAAGGCAAAGUAUUCUGAUCUCACGGUAUUGAGACAACAUUUUGAUUUGUUCUAAAUUUCUUCCUAAGUCAAGCCAAUUGGGAAUUUUUGCAGUUUAUAUAAUGAGUUAUAGUAUAACACCAGAUGCAUUUAUAAAAGUAAUUCUUCAAACACCAAAGAGUAUUGGAGCAUCUCUGCUACCUUUAUCAAAUGUGCUUUCUUCAUCAACAUGUUAUAAUUGAUUGAUGAUUACAGAAAAGUUGAAAUGACAGAAGUGGCCAGUUCAUGCUCAUGAAAACUCUAUUGAAGGUAAAAGAAUCAAGCUGUUGUUUGAUUGUCAGCAAUUUUUAAUACUCGCAGGAAUGGACAAUCGUUACUUUAAUGACUUGAAUGUGGCGGCAUUUGUCACGGGACAAGCAGAAUUCCAGACUUCAAAAAAUAAUGUAAAAAUGCAGUAAGUUGUGUAAUUUUGUUCACACUUUAUUUUUGUUUACUUUUUAAGCUAUUUUUAAGUUUAUGCAAAAACAAAGUUAACAGAGACCUUUGUGUGUGAUACUAAUAGUUUGUUUGCUGCAAACUAUUUUAAUUGUUUUUGUUAAAGGGGAGUGCCAGAGUAUAUGAGGGCACACAUCCAUGUACAGUUGAUUAAACAAAUAAAAUAUAUGAUAUGAUAUGA